GGGAGACUGGAGCUUAAAAGGAAGAGGCUGGACCCCACCGAGCAACGACAAAAUUGGUUAUUACUCUCCUGCAAGGGCGUUCCUCUACUGAGAUGUAUGCAAGGUACGCAGAACCCCUACUUCUCCUGGAUGAAGUGCACAACACCUCUUGAAGCCCAACGCCCCCAGUCUCUUCCCCUCUGGCUCGGCUCAGUCUCUACAGGUGACCCCGCACGCAACGGAGCCAAAAAGGGGUACCUACUCUCUAGUCUCUGGCCCUGGCCACCCACUCCCAAACUCUUGCCUGUGAGGUGGGAACCAGCUGAGGUACCCAGGGCGGUACCGAAACCGGCCUUGAUGGGGCCUCUCUAGGAAAUUGGGAAUUUCACAUAUCGUUAGCACUCAGUUCACAUUGAUUGGCCUAAAAAAAAAUAAUAAAUCGAAGGAACCGGAAGAUGCCCUUAAAAAACGUGGCGGCACUUUAGCUUCACUACUGUUGUCCCACUAUAUCAAGAAACUUGGCGUAGUCUUCCGCCACUGCCUGGACAGCCGAAGGUGGCGCUACCCGCUUCGCUUUGGUUCCUUGAGGACAGCAAUAUCUGCCCUCAACCACAAUGGCAGUGCUGCCCAAUUUGGCUGCAUGCCCCUAGGGAUGAUGGCUGCCAGGUGGCUUCACUUAUUUUUCUCACCACACAGGAAGACGCGGACCGGCGAUUGGGCACUGCCUGGAGGCUCCGAGAAGAAGGCCUUCCGCGGUUGGGCAGUGCAGGAUAAGGCUGAUUUUAAAGGAGCCGCAGGUGGGAGCCGUCGAAGACCCGAGAUCGGCGGGAGGCGGCGGCUGCAGCCUGGGAUCCCCCAGGGACUCCCCGGAGCCGCCGCUUCCCCAAUGGACUUGCCGGGGGAAUCCAGCCUGCCUGGCCAGCCACGUCUGUGCCGCCAGCCUUUGAGUCGAGCAUUAUGGGGAGCCAGAAGCCCGAAACGGCCGAGGCUGCAGCCCCCAGUGGCCCCUUCACCCUUGGAAAAGGCCUCUCGGAGGGUCCUGGCCGUGGUACUGGAAGAUGUCAUGGCUGCCCAUAUGGUCCCCCUGGUGCCUCAAGAGGAGACCUCUACUCCACGGCACCGCAGCAACCGUUGGGAUUCUGUCCACAACCAGCUGCCUGCCUCACCACCCCGACAGGCCAUGUGGUCAUCACAGGCCAGGCCUCACUACCCACUGCACUUAUGCCGAGAGCCCUUGAGCCGCAUUCACCAGUCUUCUUCCACCCCGAGGCAUCGAUCAAGGACAACCCCUGUCCCAGAGGAAGGCCCUUCACAAGAGGUGGGCCGGGCCCCCCAGCCCACUCUGGUGGUGAUGCUAGAAGAUGUUACCAGUCCAAGACCCCCAGCUGAGGGCUUCACGGAUGAGACUCCCAACUUCAUCAUCCCAGCAAGAAGAGCUGAAUCCAUGAUGAUGGUUCACCAGACAAUGCCUCCGUCCAAGGACCUGGAAGCCCCAUUCCAGGCAUCUGUCCUGUCUGCAGACCCUCUGGAGAACUCAUCACCAGCCCCAGAUCCUGUUCUGGAAGCCCCAUCGACCCCACCGCCAUCCAGCCUUUUACGCCCCCGCCUCAGCCCCUGGGGCUUGGCACCCCUCUUCCGUUCUGUUCGUUCCAAGCUGGAGAGCUUUGCUGACAUCUUCCUCACACCCAACAAAGCCCCACAGCCCCCACCCCCAUCACCCCCCAUGAAGUUGGAGUUGAAGAUUGCCAUCUCAGAGGCUGAGCAGUCCAGGGCUGCUGAGGGUACUGCAUCCGUCAGUCCCCGCCCUCCUAUCCGACAGUGGCGAGCUCAAGACCAUCAUACCCCAGUACCUCUCCCUAAGCCACCUCUGGGCCGAAGCCACUCCUGCCCUGACCUGGGGCCUCCUGGCUCAGAUACCUGCAGCUGGCCCCCUUCUUCAUACCACCCAAGCCGGCCACGGCCUCGGCGGCAUACUGUGGGUAGUGGAGAGAUGGCUCGAGUCCCACCACCACCACCCCCUCGACCCUGUCUCCGGAAAGAGGUCUUCCCUCUUGGAGGAGUGGGAGGCUCUCCUCCCCUCAUCACAUCUUGUUCGUCCACUGCAUCCACUUCCUCCUCCUUCUCUGAACCUGCAAAACCCAGGUUGGGCUCAACCAAGGGAAAGGAGCCACAGGCCUCACAGGACCAAGUGCUGUCAGACCCUGAGACCAAGGUAGGCGUACAGAUGAAGGGGAGGAGAUUAGUGGGAGCCUGUUCCCAUGCUGCCUUCUUACCUUCUGCCCCAUUUUUGCAGACCAUGGGAAAGGUUUCUCGAUUUAGAAUACGCAGGACAGUGGCCCGUCCUCAACUAAACCUUACACCAAUGGGGCUGCCUCGACCAAUCAGGUUGAACAAGAAAGAGUUCAGCUUGGAAGAAAUUUACACCAACAAGAAUUAUCAAUCACCUACAACCAGGAGGACCUUUGAGACCAUCUUUGAGGAACCAAGGGAGCGCAAUGGGACUCUGAUUUUUACCAGCUCAAGGAAGCUGCGGCGGGCUGUGGAAUUUCGGGACAGCAGCCUUCCUCGAUCCCGGAGGCCAUCUCGUGGGGUCCGGGCUGCUGCUGGCAGGACCCUUACUCCUAAUGUGGCCCCCAGCCCAGAUGUGGGACCCCUGCUGCAGCAGCGGCUGGAGGAGCUGGAUGCCUUGCUCCUGGAAGAGGAGGAAGUGGAUUAGGGAGCCGCUCCAUCAGACCUAGGAGCUCCAUCUGUUUCUCUGUAUAUCCAUCCGGGAGGGAGAAGCCUUUGAGGCCAUUUCAUUUUUUUCUCUAUAUUUCUAGUAAAGUUUUCAAUAUACUUCUGA